AAAAAAGCCCAUCCAAUUAUAUAAUUCCCUCCCUAAACUUUCUUUGAAGAAAUCAAAACAAAAGUCUUUUAUUAGCCAAAACCACAAAACAUCAACACCACCCGAAAAACAUAAACAUAAACAAAAAAACAUGAGUUAUUACAACCAACAACCCCCUGUUGGUGUCCCUCCUCCUCAAGGUUAUCCUCCAGAAGGGUAUUCGAAGGACGCUUACCCUCCACCUGGGUACCCUCCGCAAGGGUAUCCUCCGGCAGGUUACCCUCCACAAGGAUAUCCACAAGGCUACCCUCCUCAAGGUUACCCUCCUCAGGGCUACCCUCCCCAGUAUCCACCCCCUCAACAACACCAACAAAGCGGCGGCGGCAGUGGUUUUGCUGAAGGCUGUUUGGCUGCUCUGUGCUGUUGCUGCCUCCUCGAUGCAUGCUUCUGAUGAGCGUUAAGAAGUUUGGUUGAUUGAUUCAUCGGCAGACAUGACAUUGGGUCCUCUAAUAUGGGCAUUCACUGGUGUUUCUGCCAAUUUCUAUUUCUCAUUCUAUCAAAUAAUUGGACUUGUUGGAAAUGUACCUUCUUAUGCUUGUGGGUUUUUUACUUUGGAUUUGAACUCUCUGGUUUGAUUACAUUAGGUAUAUGUAUACUGUGAGAGAGAAGAGAUUCUGAUUUGUUAUAUGGAAAUACAUUGGAUUGGACAACUUUUUUUAUCUUUAGAAUUUAUGCUUCAUUGUGAUUA